AUGGUGUUCGAUGAUGGUUUCACUGUCAGUGACGAUCUGUCGGUUCUUCCAUCGCUUUCCAUGGCUUCCUUGCCUGCGAAUCGCCCAACAGCUUCAGUGUACGUGGCCGAGCCUGUGCGCAGGAGGAGCGCAUUCCCGCUGGCACUGGCUAUCACAAGCUGUUCUGCAUUGGCCUUUGGUCGUGUCUCAGUGGGCUAUAGGGCCAGCCACAUCCGUGUCCGAGGGAAGAAGGCUCCAGUGAGCUUCUGGUAUCCAGCCACCCCAGGCCGUGUCAGCAAGGAGUUGCCCUACCGACACUUCAUCAGUGUGGCGAAAAUAGUGGAAGUUCUUCAAGGCACAGAGCUACCAGGUAUUGGAUGGGAGUUUCGGUUGAGGGCAGGCAAACCAAUUUAUCCUGAAGCCCAGCCCAUCCCCGUGGAACGUCAAGAGACAGAACUACAAGAAAGGCGUCUUGCAGAAGGCUUACCUCGUGAAAGCUGUGCGAUCAUUUUUGCACAUGGAUACUUAGGAAGUCGGUUUGACAUGCUGCAUUUGUGUGAAGAACUUGCACAGUGUGGUUUUGUGGUCGCCGCGCCGGAUUUUGCCGAGAGCCUCUCCGGAAAGGUCCCGCUGCGUGAGGUGACGCGACAAGACAUCAUGGAAGAACUGCUGACGCGCCUUCAGAAGGAAUUUGCCGUAAAGCACUUUGGCAUUGUUGGGCAUUCAGCUGGUGGAGGCACUGCGAGUCUUUUUCCUGGGCCCUUCCAAUGCGGUCGCGUGGCCAUUGCCGGCUUGGCGCCACAAACGGUUCCAACCGACCCGCUGCUGGUGGUGGCAUCUGAGGGCGAUGGCGUGGUGGCUUUGCCACGCAUCACAGCGGCCUUGCCGAAGAACAUCGAACUUCAGGACAUGGAUCAGUUCGAUGCCGCAAGGCCAGCAAUUGCGAUUUUGCUGCGUGAGAAUGGCACCCGCCCACCGUGCCACAUCUCUUUCCUCUCAGAGGAGUCCAACAAGGCGAUGAUUUCAUUGCUGACGCCUUUGUUGCCAGUGGCUCGGGCGCUGAAGGUGCCAGUCUUGGACUUUGAUGUGUAUUUGGAGCUUCAGGAUUCCAGCAGGGUGGCCAAAGUGCUACUGCCGAAAAUUGAGGAUUUCCUGUGCUUCCAUGCCUCCAAAGCGAAAUAA